AUGACGCCCUGGCUACAUUUCAGUGGUGGAGACUACUUGAUUUUCAAGACUUGGAUGCCUGAGUCGAAAGGUGCAAUCGCCGGCGCUUGCAUUGCGCUAGUCGCAUUUUGUAUUCUUGAACGUUGGAUUGCGGCGCUCCGGCGUCAAAUGGAGAUUAAAUGGGGGUCAGGCAUAAUUCGUAUGAUAGAUGGGAUUGAGGAAGGUUGUUCCUCUCUUCCAACCACCCCAGUGACAGUCCCCAGUCGCCCGAGGCUUGUACCUCCCUUCAUUCUCAUGCACGAUAUCACACGGGGGAUAUUCCAGGCUGUUCAAUCACUCUUUUCGUACGUCUUGAUGCUGGCCGUCAUGACAUUCAAUGCCUCGUAUAUUAUAUCCAUCAUUUUGGGUCUUGCCUUAGGCGAAGUUCUGUUCGGGCGA